UUCCCCCCAGCAGCACAAUAGAGAAGCGCAGUGCAAUCUGCCGCAGGAGUGAGUGUGUUCUGCUGCGGCUAACCUUCUGAUUCUCCAACCUCACAUAGAGACCCGCCAUGAGAGUACCAAGAGAAUCGAUUCACAUCCCUGCGACCCGCUGUUUUUCAGGCUAGAAACAGAAGCCCCGGUGUUUUGAACGGAUUUGAUGUAAGGUCCAGCGGUUGACAGCAGCCUGUUCCCAUGCAAGAUGAGCUCGUCUCCUGUCGUCUCACAUGUUUCCGUCGACAUCCUGGAAGAACUGCAGCUCUUUGCAGCUCAGAAUCUGGAGAAGGUUGAGAUCAAUAAAUACUAUGAGAUCAUACGGGAGCUGGGGAAAGGCACCUAUGGGAAGGUGGACCUUGUCAUCCAUAAGAUCAGAGGCACCAAGAUGGCUCUGAAGUUUCUAAAGAAGAAAACAACCAAGCUGAAGAGUUUCUUAAGAGAGUACAGCAUUUCACUCUAUCUUUCGCCAUGUCCCUUUAUAAUCAACAUGUUUGGAAUUGCGUUUGAAUCUGAAGAGUACUACGCUUUUGCACAGGAGUAUGCCCCAUCUGGUGACCUGUUUGAUAUUAUUCCACCACAGGUGGGUCUUCCAGAACCAGUGGCUAAGCGUUGUGUCCAUCAAGUGGCCAUUGCCCUGGACUACCUCCAUUCAAAAAAGCUAGUGCAUCGAGACAUCAAGCCCGAGAACAUCUUAAUCUUUGACAAGGAGUGCCGGAAGGUCAAGUUGUCAGACUUUGGUAUGACACGGCGAGCUGGAUCACCAGUGAAACGUGUGAGUGGAACCAUCCCCUACACGGCUCCCGAGCUCUGCGACACGUCCAAACACGAGGGCUUCUGCGUGGACUACAGCACAGACGUCUGGGCCUUCGGAGUGCUCCUCUUCUGCAUGCUCACUGGUAACUUUCCCUGGGAGAAGGCCAUGCCGUCCGACACCUUCUAUGAGGAGUUUGUGCGCUGGCAGAGGCGACGGACAGGUACGGUGCCGUCACAGUGGCGCCGCUUCACGGAUGAAGCAUUGCGCAUGUUUCGAAAGCUUCUGUCCUUGGAGCAGGAACGACGGUGCUCCGUCAAAGAGAUGUUUGCGCAUUUUGGCCACCGUUGGAUGCUGGAUGGUCAGGGUGGUGGAAGCCAUCAACAAGCUGUGCUGAACUCUUCAUCUGAGGAGGAAGAGCUGCUGGUGAACCGUAUGAAACAGCAGACCUUGUCGCCGGUGGCCAGCACAAGCAAAAAUAACGCAAUGGAUUCCGUAACGGCCGCGGCGCACCACUUCACCUCUGUGUCCACAAACAGCUCUGUUUCUUCCACCAAUAGCUAUGAGCGCACAGCCAGAGACAGCCCCCCUAGUAGCCGCAUCCUGGUAACAACCCCUAUAGAGAUCUGCGUUUAGAGACUGGUCAAUAUGCACAAGUUAAUGCACAGCUUCCCGACAAGAUCAACUUUAGCACACAACCAGUGACUAAAACAUUCAAACACUCGCAUAUGUCCUGAAAGGAGUUUGCAGAGUGCAAUAGCGCUAUUAAAUAGAUGGAAACCAAGCAAAAAAUGAUGUAAACAGUGUAGUUUAUGAAGAUGAACUUAACUUGUGAUCUGUAUCUAUUUGAUUCUUCAGUGUUCAGUGAGUUGGCUCAUUAAAUGAGACCAGCCUUUAGCUGUGCUUCUUUGCUAACAUUCCUUGCAGAAAUGUACGUAUUUCUGCAGUAGAAAACAGUCUGUGAAGUGGACGAGUUGUGCUGAGACAAUGAAAUACUGUGUAGGUCAUUCUUUCUAACUCAUGGAUUAGCAACGAACCAAUAAAUUAGUGUAUUGAAAGGAAGAUUUACAAGCUUAAAUCCAGUUUGUGGGAAGAUUAUGAAGGCUUCCCCAAAACUUCUUUAAAGCAAUAUAUGGAGCAAAAAAGGAGAUGAGAGCAAAGGAGAAUACCGGGAUCUACAUUCUUUUUGUUUGCCUUUUUUGUGUGUGUGUGAACAAUUUACGCAAACAGCGAAAAUUGGGCCUGAAGACAUAGAUGAGAAAAUAGAACGUAUGAUAUUUGCAUCUGUGGUAUCGUGAAAGUGUGUGAGUGUUUGAGAGUUUGUGCGUACAAAUUACUUAAUCAGUUGUUUAGUUAUUUAAGGCCUGAUUUACUAAAACGUUCAUUACAUGCAACAAAAUGAACGUUUUCAGGUUUAUCAUGACGUGCUUGGAACAUGUCAUAUUGCAUGCACUCAAAAUGUUUAUAAAGACUCGUAGACUGUUUUGAAUUUACUUAAUUUAUCAGGACUUCUAGAUAUAUAUUUUUUCAGUUGAUCAGUAGUAAAUUACAAACAUCGUAAAGUAGUUUACAAUGUUUAAAAUAUCAUCUGUUUUGGUACGUUUUUGACGUUUAUAUUGUGCAUCAGCACAUCAAAGCUUAUUUUCUCUCCCAUCAAACAGAUGUCAAGUAGUUAUCUACUAAUGACUGACAAGAAUUUAAAAAUAAAGAUGAAAGAGAAAAAAAAAUCAAUGUUUAUUCCUAAUGCUUUAGAUUGUUUUUGAGAGUUUGACUUUGACAUUUCAAAAGUUUAAGUGGUAGUGGGUUAGUCGAAGUGGUAAACAUAUCUAUUUGAAAAUUUUCAGUUUUUUUGAAAAUGUUUGCCUGUUUUUUUUUUAUUUUAUGUUUUUCUCCUUUUAAUUAUGUCUUAGUUACUUAUAUUUUUCCUACAUUGGUUUAAACCAAAACACAAUACAAAGACAUUGCAGAUGUGUGCAAUCACAUUUUAAUAACUGCAUGUUGAGUAAAGCAAACAUCUAUUUAAAAAAAAAAAGUGAUUUAAGAUAUGUGAGAAAUGUUGUAAUGUGAAAUUUGCCGUCAAAUUUCUUGCAUAAUGUUUCAGAGUGCAAUUGUAGUAGAUGACGUAGGGCAAACGAUCAAGCCAAAAUAAUAAUUGUUAGUUUUGUUGUGUCGUGUUUGUAUGCUGCUGCUGUUGUUAUUAAUUUCUCAGAGAUAAAGAACUACCUGAAAAAGCCUGUAUGUAUGCAGCCCCAUUAGAAGCUUAAAUAAGUAAUGCCUGCACCACUGCUGUCGAAUUAUGAAAGUGAUUUAAUUUUAGGCAAAGUUUAAAGUCUAAAGGGAAGACUCUAAGCUUGCUGAGAAAUUUAGUUUUUAUUGGAAUUGGUACAGUAUAUUUUGUGUUUAAAUGUUUUUUAUUUUGUCUGCAUGAAAUUUCAACAUGUACUGAUAAUAUGUUAUGAGAAGAAAAAAAGAUUAGAUAUAAUAGCCUUCUUCACAUCAAAAGUGGGCCAUUCGUCUAUAACAGCAUAAAUAUUGUGUCCAUAUUGAAGACAUUUUGUGGAACUCUGCUGAUAGUGCAAUUAUACUUCCUGACCAUGAGAUGUUGUCAUUAAAUGCAGAGUUAGCCAAGAAACUGGCAGUGCUUUUACCAUAUUAAUAACAAAUGAAAAGAACACCCCACUGAGGAUUUUGUGAUUUUUGUGAAAGUGCUAAACUUUGCUCAAGCUUUUUGGUUUAUGGUGAUUUUGAUGAGCUAUCAGUGGGCUUUUAGUCACUUCAAAACAAACUCUGAAACUCAUGUCCAAUUUCUGUCUUUGCAAUACAACUGUCUUCCUGUAAGUUCAGAUUUAUUCAAAAAUAAAUCUUG